AUGUGGAGAAAACAUCAAGUGCUCCUGGCAUGCUUCUGCCAGGAGAGGAAGCACCGCAUGGUGAAGCGCAUAGUGACCCAAGUGAACAACCCUGCCCGGCAACUUGAAAAGAGUGUCAUGCAGGACACUACUCUGAGACAAUUCGAGAUGGAGGAUGACGAGGUUUCGAUUCCAUGCGACUGGCCAUGUUUGUUGGAGGCGCAGCCGGCUUCAUCAAAGAUCUCUGACAUGAUUUCGACGGCCCUUCAAUUUCCUGCCGCUGUUAGUGACGCCAGCGGCUGCCGUGCCCAGGAGGGAAGAGAACUCGUCGCCCAACCCGCGGACCGUUGGACGCGAGCGGUGCGCCAGCAGAUGGACGAUCGCCAGCAGAUGGACGGUGCAUGGGCACUGCGAUCGCGAGAUCUUGCGAAUCUCCGUGGGCACUUGGAUGUAGUCUUCAAGUGGAGCCGUCCGCUCACCAUGAGGACUGAUAUGGCCGUGCUCUGCCUGAACCUCCGGGACUACCUCCUGGUGAUCCUGUGGGUGCGGGAGUUCCGCCAUGCACCAAACCUGACCUUCCUCCAGGACUUCAUGCUGGACGACCUCAAGGUGUUGGGGCGCAUCAUGGACUCCCUGUCGAAAUUGGGAGGAAGUCAAGUGGCCUACCGGGUGUCUUCGGUGAGGCAAGAAUUGCUGGUGGAUCUGAGGCCCGAACUUCAGUCCAUCAAAGAUCUCAGUGAAUACUUGCAGGCGGAGAUGGAGGACCUGUCGCUUAUGGUGAUUGAGCUCGAGGAUCGGGGGGAGGUGGCACUUUCUGAGGAGGACCGGCAGUGGUGGCAGAAGCAUUUUCCUGAACUACCACAUCCUGUUCUUCAACACAUGGCUGGACAAAGCCAAGAUCCAACUACAACGCCCUGGAACCGGAGAAUUCGGAGGGCACACCUCACUGGAAAGGGGGUCAUUGUACACCUAUUCAGUGGUCCUGAUGUGAAGAAGUGGAAUUGUGUUGGCGGAGGAGCAUACUCUUGGCUGUGCAUUGACACGGAGAUCAACUCCUCGUUGAACCUGCGCAACCCGGCCGUUUGGGGCUAUUUGUGGAAGCUGGCGUCUUUGGGACGCAUCGUUGCAAUUGUUGGAGGUCCUCCUUGCAGGACUGUGAGUCGCCUUCGAAACCGGUCACCACCAGGACCUCGUCGCCUUCGUGGUCGAGGAGAAGAUCGCUGGUGCCUCAAUGACCUCUCGGAGGAGGAACUUCGCCUGGUUCAUGGCGAUACAGCUUUGUGCAUGAAGCACAUGGGUCUAUGGAUCCGAGCUCAAGAAUGCCGCAGAACAUCGACGAAUGUUGGCAUGCUGUUGGAAUCACCGCGAGAUCCUGCUGAAUAUCUUGCUGGUGAAGAAGGUGGGCAAAGCGCUUCUUUCUGGUGCUUCCCGGAGCUGAUGGCUUGGGUUGGAACUGCUGGCCUUCGCUUGGUCACUUUCGAUCAAGGAAAGCUGGGUCACCAGAGGAAAAAACCUACGACAGUUUUGACUAACCUUCCUGCCUUCCAAGAACUACAUGGCCUCCAAGGCGAUGGUUGUGAUGACAGACCACUCCCGUCGAACCUCGGUGACCGCAUUCGCACUUCGAAGACCUGGGCAGCAUGGGCACCAGGCCUUGUGGGAGCGAUUCAAGAAGCUUUGAGGAGGUUGCUGGGCGUUUUGGAGGAGGAAAAGGGGGCUGGAGGUGGUCACCAUGUCUCCAAAAUGGACCUUGCAGCUUGGCAUCGACACAUCAAACAGGGUCACAUCCCCUUUCGUGCUGACUGCCGCAUUUGUGGGGAAGCUAUGGGCUGCGACAAACCACACAAGAGGCUUGGGGGGAGCGCCACGAAGUUCACUAUGUCAGCCGACCUUUGUGGACCGUUUCCUGAAGGGAAAGAUUUGGGCACAGGAGUCAUUUGCAAGUACGCACUGGUCUCAACUGUGGCCGUCCCCAUCAUCUCUGAGCUUCCAGGUGAGGUUACUGAGCCAUGCGACACCGCCAAGGAUGUGGAGCACACGGAGGAGAUUCCCUGCGAGCCAGAAGACCGUGACCUAGUCCCUGAAGAUGAAGUCCGGAGGCUCAAUGAAAUGGCUGAGAUUGAGAAGUCUCAAGAACCGCAAGGACAUCAAAAUGUCACUCUGGCUGAAGUGAUUCCUGAUCGCACGGUGGAGUCACUGGUCCGUCAGCUCUCUAUGCCAUACCGAACUAUGCAACUCCUUGGUCCCUUCCCAUACAUGUCGCAUGGCUGGAUUGUCCGGGACAAGAAGGGCCAAUUGUUGCACGUGCGCACUGCACUUGAACCAUCGCCGGUAGCCGAUCAGGCGAUCAUGGAACUCCAAGAGGUGCCUGCCGUGAAGCAUCGCAUCGCUGGAAAACACCCACCUCCACUACCUGACCAUCCCUUGGCUGGCCGCGUGGGAGCGCUCUAUGAGGAGUCGGUUCCAGCUCUAGCAACUUGCAGAGCUGGGGGGGAGGACUCUUUGGAUUCUUUGGACUGGUCUUCAUCGUUGGAUGUUGGCAAGUCGCUUUCUGUCAGGCUUGAGCCACAGGGGGAGUUGGAGGAGGUGAAUGGUGGCCACAAACUACAUGAUAAAGUUGAACCUGGUGAUGAACUUUUGCACCAUGACCUUCAGGGGGAGGUCGAAGAUCCACUGCUGUGUGAUUGGCAGCAGGUGGAAAAGUGGCAUGAGCUUGAACAACAACGACACUGGGCGCUCAAACAGCUUUGGUGUCAAGGCCUUCGUGAAGUUGCAGUUGGUGAGAACUCCGGCAGUGUCCAUGGCAGCUGGCUUCAUGAAGUUGAACUACUCCUCAAGGGUGCUGAAGAUCAACUGUCGUUUCAGCACUCUGCAAUCGAGAACUUCAAGCUGUCGGCAUUGGCUCCAUCAAUGGGAACCCCAGAUGCUCCAGCAACAGUGCUUCAGACCUAUACGGUCUCACUACAGCAAGUUCGCAGGGAAUUGGAAAAAUGGAAACCUCCUCUGCGUGAUGAAUAUGGACAGCUGGUGUCCUCAACUCAGGCAAUCAAGCCUACUACAGAGGAAAAGUUGCGCCUGGAUCCAAGAUUUCCCACUAUGGAGCUGGCUCCAGCGAUGCUUGUUCCUACAGUCAAAAGUCCUCAUGGACGUCUUCGAGCUCGGGUGGUCAUUUGUGGAAACCAUCUCACCAAGGUCAAUGAAGAGAGCAACAACUCUGCAGGUGAGACACAGCCCAAGGACUCAAACCCGUUCUCGCUCUAUGCAGGUGGAGCAGAUGGAACUACGUUGCGCUGCUUGAUGAAAUGUGCGGCUGAAAACUCGUGGUCAGUCGGCACGGUGGACGUCAAAACAGCCUUCCUUCUUGCACCACGACCUGACGAACAAGAACGUCUGCUAGUCGCUCGUCCACCAAAGGUGUUAAUUGAAGCUGGAAUUUGCGACGCUGCGGAACUUUGGGAGAUCUCGCAUGCCGUCUACGGGCUGAACGAUGCUCCAGCAAAUUGGUCGCAGUACCGUGACCGUGAACUACCUCAACUGCGCUUCUCGGCAGGAGGUCAUGACUACCAACUGGUGUCCACACCGGAGCCAAACCUUUGGAAGCUGAUCAAAACCGACCCUGGUGCUCUUCCGCAGGAGGACAACUCUGAAGGCUUCCUCGCUGUGUACGUUGAUGACAUGCUUGUUGCUGCACCAGGUCCCUUGGCAAAGUCGGUGAUCGAUGGGAUUAGGGCUCAUUGGCGGUGUUCGGAACCAGAGUGGGCAACGGCAGAAAAGGCCAUCAAGUUUUGUGGCUUUGAGAUCAGCUGCAGCGACGAUGCGGUGAUCCUCAACCAGGCCUCAUACACUCGAGAUCUUUUAUCUCGCCAUGAAGGAAUCAAACCACGUCAAACGCCUCUUCCUUUGGGAGUUCAAGAUGAAGUUGAAGCUGAUGUGCAAAUCUCUCAAGUCCGACGAGCUCAAGCUUUGGUCGGAGAACUUCUUUGGUUGAGUGGCCGCACAAGACCAGAUCUUUGCUACGGUGUCUCCAUCAUGGGACGUUUGGUGACGAAGGCACCGACCAAGGUUCUGGAGUGGGGUGCUCACAUGUUGGGCUACUUGCAGCAUACAGUGGACUAUGAGCUUCGCUACACCAAGCAGGUGGUUGAGUCGUGCAUCGCUGUCCAAGUCAAGGUUGAUGGCUAUUCUGGGCGGCAUCAUUGGCAUGGCGGCAUGGAACCCUUCGCAGGAAAGUCACAAGGUCCACCUCCGGUUGAUGACACGCUGGAACCACCCCAACGAAGGGCGACUUUGGAUUCCGUGGCAGAGAACUCCACUGGCACUCCAUCGUCUGAACAGGUGGAAUUUCCGACGGCCAAUGUGACCUGGGUGAGAACUGAAGUGCAUUCGGUGAGGAGGACUUCAUCGUCAUCGUCCUCUGCACCUUCACAGACCUCUCCCAGCACAAGGUCCAGUGCGACUGGAUCUACGGCAGCGGCUCGGGGCUCAGACGCCAUUGAUGCUGGCGUGACCCUUGGCUACAUGGGGCGACUUGGCGGCUACCUCUCUCGCGGGGAGAACCUGCGAUCUGGGCCGGCGUCGAGCGCCACAGAAAGUGAAAGUGAAAGGGAAGAUUGGAGGAGGAAUUUAGAUGUGAGCUCAACCAGCUCAGUUCAGGGGCACGAAACGACACUACCUCCUGGACUUCCUCCUCUACACGAACACUUGGAUGAGGUUCCGCAAUGGAUGGGCAUUGUGAGCCAACUCCCAGUGAGGCCGCGUGGUGUGCCGGGUCAAAGUGACCAUUUGAGGGAUCCUGAUUCGGAUUCUGACGGCAGUUAUGAAGUUUGUGGUUGA